AUGGAGGCCGACCAGUUGGUCGUCAGACUCGACGAUUUGAGGGCCAUCGCCGAUGCCACCUUUCGAUUGACCUUUAGCUUCACCAAAAGCGACAGCAAGUUGAAACCGGAGAUCCGAGCCGUUGCCAACGAAAUACAAGACAUCGCGGGCUUGUUGCAUCGACUUUCUCUGUUAGCAUCAGGACUUGAAGAGACUAAGGACCAUGAUUCGGACAUCAAUGCUGCCCCGCCCCCACUGAUCUCAUGUCGCACCACCUUAGAACAACUAGGGGGAUCGCUAAGGAGACGAACAAAUAGAUCGGACGACGACGGAUGCGAACAGAAAAGGUAUGCCGAUGUCAAGUGGCCAUUUACGAGGGCCUGGACAACAGAUCUCCUGAAUGAACUGAGUGAGCACAAGAAGACAAUUUCAGAAGGAUUGAAUGGAGAAUCAAUCAAACAUCUGUUGCAGUUACUAUCAAAAGGGAAGUCUGUGGCAACCAUACGUGACGAAGCCUGGAUAUCCGAAGUUUUCACCGACUUUCUCCAAUCCUCUGGGUAUUUCCAAGGCAUCUAUAUGGUCCUCAAUACCUUUCUACGCGCCCGAGAAGAUUCAUACAUCAAGAUACAAGAUCGAUACAAACACUUGUCAAUACAGUCGAGCUUUUUCCAAGGAGAAGACUUCGAAAAUUGGCUUGAUAAGGGAGGAUCACACCUUCUCUUCACAGCUCCUCCGGGCGGGGGGAGAACCGCCUUCACCGGCGCACUAGCACGGGAAACCUUUCGGCGACGCCGUGCGCGAACUGUUGUUGUACCCAUCUACUUUGAGCUUCUAAGUGGAUGGACCAGAUGGACCACGAAUAUGAACAUACUUGGCACCAUCGUUGCUCUGAUCGCGCGCCAGAAUCAGGGCGCGUUCGAAGUCUUACGCCGAUAUCGUCGCGACCUAAAUAUCCAACCGAGAUGGGCAACAAACGGAGCGAGCAUGGAAGGACUGAAAGGUGUUCUUUGGCAAAUGUCAACUUUCUUUGAACAUGUCUUGGUCAUUGUAGACUGCUCAAAGUCUGGCGGAGAUAGCAUCAUACCGAUGAUCGCCUCUUUGCUAAAGACUUCCAAAGAAUCCGCACCGAACUUUAGUUUGGCAGUGGUUUGUCAAGGCCUUGAGUUUGUUCGGGAGUCUUUGGGCGAAUCCGUCACUAAAUGUGACAUUGCACCAUCCAUGGCCAUCUUGCAAGCUUUCGCUGCCACCGAGGUAGAAAGACGAGUCAGGACCGGGGCUCUGCGGUUCCAACGGACAGCAAUGAAGGAUGCUACGAUCCGCAAACUCAGCGUUGGUGACGACCAUGUCUUCUGGAAGAUCGCAUAUCAACUUGACCACCUCUGCUCCUUGCAGUCCCACUCUGAGCAGGUUGAGUUUCUGGAGAGGCUCCCAUGCUCGCUGCACGACACCUACCGCUUAACGCUGGAAGAAUUUCAAAAGCGGACGCCAGCAUCUCGAAGCUUGAUCCUCAAGGCUUUGCAACUGACGAAAUGUUCGCGCCACGAACUAAGUGCCCAAGAGUUCUGCCAAGCCCUUUCAGUUUCAGGCAUUUCCGGGCUAGAUCCUGAGAUGUUGGAAUAUCCGGAGGUGGACGAAUCAGAGAUUCUGCGACAAUGCAGUCCUAUGAUCAUAAGAUCGCUGGAUGGCAACAAGUUUGUGUUUGCGCACGACUCGAUUGAAAGAUUCCUUACACAUAGAUAUAUCGACGGAUCCAGCGAUUUGGCUGCAUAUCGUCUCACGACUUCCGGAACGAAUCGGCUUCUUGCUACCUGUGCACUCAAGUUCCUGACCUUAGGUCACUUCGCUCGACUUCCAAGCUUAUCGUUGUCAGAAGUGGAUUACAUAAGGACUAGGAACGAGAGAUACCCCUUUUACAGGUUCGCCGCACUGACUUGGCACAAAAUUGAUGUCAGUCAUUGGAAGGACCCGGAGUUGGUCGUGGAAGCCAUGGCGCUUUUCGACCCCAAACAGACAACAAACUUCAAGGCUUGGUGUCUUGAGAUCUGCCGCCAACACAGAAUGAACGGCGACUGUGACAAUUGGAGAGGGCGGAAAGACAGAGGCAUAAUCAGGAGGCCCCCAUCUACCUGUUCAGAAACUACGGAAGUCAACUCUUCCGCCGCAACAUGGUCGAACAAAGAUUUAGGAGAUAGUACUUCAGAUACCCCACCUCAUCUGGGAUCAUCAUCCUCCGCAAGUCCUCCUCUGAGGAAGAAGAUGUCCAAACGAUCUUGGGCAGCAGGCCAGACAAGGCGCCUUGCACGUGUGCUAAGGCGAGGCGACUUUACUCCAUUACACAUGGCCGCUCUCCUGGGCAUCGAUGCCGUCUGCUCGGAGUUGAUUCGAAUUGGAGAAAAUUACAAUCGACCGAGCAAGAUAGGGACCCCUUUGCAGUGUGCGAUUGGAGGUACUUUACUCAUAGGUGACCACGAUAUCCCGGCGGGCAAUUCUCCAUUGCCACCAUGGCUCAGCCGACCACGUAAAAGCACUAUUGAGCUGCUGAUCAAUGCGGGAGCGGAUUGUACACGAGAUUUGCCUAGUCAGACAUACCCUUGGAGCACUGUCGGUGCUUUGGCCCUGAAGACCUCAGAAUGGGCUAGGAAUUCUGAAAUCUUCGCGGUUGUCGUUAGAGGAGGUGCUCAGCUGCACGAUGACAUUAUCGCUGUGUUCAGGUCGAUCUGUCGCAAAUGGUCAAAGCAUAAAGAUGCAGGAGCCAAGGAACAUAUUCAGGACAUCUUAGAAAUCUUAAACGGAAUGGUUGAAAAGAAAGAGGGCGAAUCGCUGGCUUAUCUCAAAGCUUUCCAGAAGGCGGUUUCGGAAACCACUGACAUCGACAUACCAUUGCCUGUCUCGCAAGGCAUCUCCGAUGACAUGCUUGUCCAACAGAUAUGGAAAUCAAUCGACGAUGACAACUUGAAAGCGAUCGAGGAUCAAUCUCAAAGCAACACAAGAAUUAAGGACCUCCUAAAAGGCGACAUCUUGACGAAACUGCUCGACUUCGCUAUCGCAUGCUCAGCUGUCAACUGCUUGGACCACUUGCUCACAAAUUACAUGGCCGAAAACGGCCCAAAUGAUUGGAAAAGCAAAGCUGUGCUUUAUUGCGUCGAAGAUGGAAAGCAAGAAGUCCUCUUAUGCUUAUUGAAGGAUGGUGCUCAAACCAUGAGAGCCAAUGCGAGAGGAAGCACCAUUUGGCAUCUCGCAGCUGCUAAAGCUACCUCAACUGGGAUUCUCAAAAUCUUACUUGAAAACAGUGACGAGGAAGAACGAAAAGAUGCCUUGAGAAUGUUGAAUGAGAGUGGCCGUACCGUGCUUGCCAAAGCGCUAGUCAGCAAAAAGUACUCAAACGCCUCUAUCAUCCUCAAAUACUGCGAAAAGGAUCGUGCGUGCCUCAAGAGCAGACAUCCAUCACUACCUCACCUUGUGGCGGGUAUUCAGGAUAGCGUCUUACUCAAGGAGUUGCAUGAUUGCGAAAUGUUCGAAUUUGUGGCUAAAGACACGCCUCUCAAUUACUUCCAUGUAGAAGAUUCAGCAGGUGUGGAAGCGACUCGCCAACUCCUGGAAAUAUUUCCCUACCCUUGUUCCGACCAGUCUCCAACACCCUUAAGGAUAUACCUGUCAAGAUCCGACUUGAACAUCUACAAGAAAGAACUUGUAACACUUCUUGUCCAGAAAGAGCUGUCUGCCGCACCUAUCAUCAACGGUAUUCAUACCUGGCAGUGGUUCUGCAAAAGCGUGCAGGGUUAUUUCAGAAGAGCAUCAGAAGCUGAGGCCUGGGAAGUUGUCGAACUUGUGAAGCUCAUGGUCCAUCUCGGUUGCAUGGACGAUUAUGAAAAAGCUAGAGAAACAUCUGGGCUGGUAGAGAUCGUUCCUCUCUUUGAUGUCGACUCAAUGCCGAGGGCGUUUACACCUGACAACGACGCUGUACUUGCGACUGAAGAGAUAUUCGGCAUUGUUCAUGACACAACGACCUUACCUCAGUACUACAAAAGUAGUGGUAUGGAUAUCAAGGUCAUCAAGUGGACUAUUGCUCACAAUUCUUGGCACCUGUUUCGUCGUCUUAUCCACACGGAUAUUGAUGUUCAUAAGAGGGACAGGAGAGGAAACUUGUUAGAGUACGUGUGCUCUCACGGUACCGAAUUCAACGGUCAUAGGAUGCUCGCGAAUCUUCUAGAACGAGCUGAGAAAGAUCGUCUGAACGAGCUGAAUCCCGACGAAAACCUUGGUCUCUUACACCUACUAGGAAUGCCAUAUGGCAAGGAGGACUUAUCUUCAGAUAGUAGUCCCUUGUUCAGUCCUAGUUUUAUCCCGAUGGAGAAUCUCAGUCAACCACAAGGUUCAGCUUGCCCAAUGCGUUUAGGGCCGGGGGGAUUCGCGGCAUUGAGGAUACCACGCGACAACCCAAAGUUUAGCAUACUCCAACGACUGCUUGACGAGCACAUGGAUCGCCAGCUUCUCAGCAAAAGGGGUAAUUUUUCAGCCUUGACGUGGGCAUGCGCGCAUGGCUACACGGAUAUCAUCGGCCAGAUGGCUGCAUCCUCCUGUUCCGAAUCUAUUUGGGACUUCCAGGUUGAGGUGACAUUGGGUGUUGAAGCAGCUCCCUCAUUCACGAAGCCCUACCGUGGCCUCUGCGCUCUGCACCUUGCGGUACUUGCCUCGGCAAAGACUGUAUCAUUUCUGCUGAAUCACGGUUUUGCCUCAGACCUUGACAUCACUGAUGCACAACUGCAUACCCCUUUACACUUUGCCACAAUGUUUGGGCAGCUGGAAACCAUCAAAGAACUUGUUUCUCGGGGGUCAAAUAUCAACGCUAAGGACUGCGACGGAUGGACCCCCUUGCACUUCGCAAUCCAUCUCGAGAAGAAAGACACUGUUGAGCUCCUUCUGGAGAUCGGCGCGGCCCAUAUGGAGACGAAGAAAGGAGAAACGCCGCUCGAUUUUGCUAUGUCAAAGGAAGAAUACUAUACCAAACGAGUUCAAAGGUCCAUCCAACAAAACCUGAAGACUGGCGCAGAAAUUCACUGUGACAAGCAAUGGCUGGCCUCUCUCUCUCGGACCAUGAAAAAGGCCAUCAUUGACGGCGAUACUAAAAUUUGUAGAAGACUUCUUAAGGAAGGUUGCCCGGUGGACAUUAAGAUGAGAUCUUGCCAUACUUGCACAGCUCUCAUUUUCGCUCUGUCACGUAAUGAGGUGUCUGCAAACAUCGUCGACACUCUGGUGGAACACGGAGCAAGUUUCCGUGGAACUACCUGUGCCCGCCAUACGUGCGGAAAUUUCAAGCGAUACGGUAUCCGCCAUUUCAGCGACUACACUUCAGACAACUCCUCAUCUUCCUCAUCCUCCUCAUCAUCUGAUAGUGAUGAUAACAAAAAGUACCGGCAGUAUGCCUGGCCAUCGUUUGGAUCUACCAGUCUUGACAUGCUCAUGUGGGAGGAUGAUUUGUUCGAGAAAAUUUCAACAUGGCUAUGCUCCGUUCCGGAAGAGGACAUGAUAUGGCUCAUUGACAAUUCCAUAGCCGUCCAUGUAGCUGUGGAUCGCGGCAGCCUCAAGGCUCUACAGGUUCUCUUAUCUCAGGCUGCUAAGAUCGGUGAUGGUCUUCACAGAAACUUGGCUUAUGAGCUUGUGAACAGGACUGGAUGGCAUUCUGGGCCCUACGUAGCCUCGCCUCUUCAGGACGCAGUCGAUGCUUGCAACCUGGAGCUUGUCCGCCUUCUCCUCGAAUAUGGAGCAGAAGUUGACAAGAAAACCACAGCGAAGGGAACUGCCCUUCAUCAAGCCGCGAAUCAGGAAAGCAUCGAGCUUGCACAACUUCUUUUAGAGCACGGGGCCUCGCUUGCAUCCAGAGAUUAUAACCGUGGAUUCACCCCUCUGGAAGAAGCAGUUCAGUCUGGCAACACCGAAAUGGUGAACCUCUUUUUGGAUCGUGGGGCAUCUGCAUCCCUCUUCAAACGAUUGGAAGGUAUGGCGUACCCCUCUGGGCACCGGCGUGUCUGA